AUGGAUGAACUUACUAUUAGCUCAUAUAUCAGGGAUCGCUCGCCAUCCCUUGAUACUAUUCCUCUCGACAUACUUUUCAGUAUAUUUCAGCAUCUUCCUAUCCAAAGCGUCCUGGCACUACGACAGACUAGUAAAAGUUUUGAUGCUAUCACCCGUCUGCGCAGUCUCUGGGCUCUCCUUCUGCGGACUCUUGUCCAGGAGCAAAACAUCCCUAUACCCUCUUUCGAUGGGAAAUCUCCAGAGUCUCUGUCAGCCUUAGAGCUCGAGCGGUUUACAUGUCGUGCACUUGCUCUUCGCAUCAACUGGACUAACCCUAGUCCGAAUCUGAAGAGAGAAAUUCGUUUUGGGGCGGCCGUGAAAGAUCCGGACGUUUUACUAAUGGAGUUUCUCCCUGGCAGAGGAAAUCGUUGGUUAGUUUCUGUCACGAUAGAGGCAUCCAGAAAUUGUAUCAUCCAGUGCUGGGACCUUACCGUCCUACAACCUGUGUGCAUAGCAAAAUUGACGUACACGGAUGAGACAUACAAACGUGUCGUUAUCAAUGACGAUCCCUCUUCUCCAGCCAUAAUGGUGAUCCAGUCCAAGCCAGCAGUAACGGAAAUAGUCACUAUCGACUUUGAAGAGAAAGACCCUGAGUCAGCAUUCGUUCCGCUGAGCGCUAUUGAUGGACGUAGAGAGAUCUAG